AAAGUCGAGUCUGAACACUGACAGUGCCAUCCAGCAGGAAGGAUAACUGGACUCACAGUCACUAACUUGCUGAAGACUAACCAUGACAAGAGGCGUCUACAUCCUGUAUGCGUUUGCAGUCACCAAUCUUUUAACUUAUGUUCAAGCUGCAGUACAAUGUGGAGCAACCUUGUCCGUAGCGAGUGGAGCAAUCACCUCUCCGUGCGCAGGAAACCCCGGCCAUACUUAUGAACACGAAGCAAACUGUGAAUGGACCAUCAAUGCAGCAAGUGGAUUAUCGGUGCAUUUAACAUUCAGUAUCUUUGACGUGGAAUACCACUCGAAAUGUGAAUAUGACUACGUAGAGGUGUAUGAUGACCAACGAUUGAUUGGAAGGUACUGUGGAACUACAUUACCACCUCUACUGAUUUCAUCAAGUAAUCGAAUGCGUGUGGUUUUCCAUUCUGAUAGAUCUGUGAGUAAGAAAGGAUUUCAUGCAUCAUAUAUUACUAAGGCGUCCUAUCCAACUGAUUGCAGUGGGGAGCAAACUUUUACAGGGGUCAAAAUAAUCCAACCAACGGGACAUGGUUCCUUCUCCGUUUACUGCAGCAAGGGAUGUGUUUACUUGGCCAGACGGUUUGACGGGAGUGUUGAAUUCUAUCGUAAAUGGGUGGACUAUCAAAAUGGUUUUGGAAAUAAAGCAGGAGAACAUUUCAUCGGCUUAGAAAAUUUGGUGGCGUUGUUAAAGCAGAGAAAAUAUAAACUGAGAGUUGACCUCACGAUGUGGCCACCGAAAAGUAAGACGGGAUAUGCUGAGUAUUCUAACUUCGACGUUGGAGGGAGCAAUACCAACUAUAGUCUGACUGUUGGAGGUUACAGCGGAACAGCUGGUGACUCUCUUCAUGGACAUAAUGGGGCACAAUUUUCGACUUAUGAUCGGGAUAACGAUGCAACUGUUGACUCCGUGAACUGUGCUGUUGCUAACAAAGGUGCUUGGUGGUACCAAGCAUGCCCUAGCGCAAAUCUAUUUGGAUCUUAUCCAGAUAGUCACGUCUGCCCCCAAUCGGGAACAUGUAUAUCGUGGGCUCAAUGGUAUUUAGAGUAUAUCGGCAGAAAUCCCCACCUUUACUCAUUUAGAAAGGUAGACAUGUCAAUUUGUCCGAUUUGAAAUUCGUUUCCAUGUCACGAAAUCUAAAUAAAUAAAGUUAUUGCAAUAUAAUUGCAGAACUAUCCA